CUUCCCGCGGCAGCCAGUGUGAAGGUUCGGUUCCGGAGGAAGACUUCCGGACCGUCACCCCGGCAACCGGAGAUAGGAAAAGAAGUACCGGGAAGAAAACGGAACCGGGAGGUAGAGGAGAGAGCGGGACCGAGCAGUUGCCGGUAGGCCAUGGAUGACCCAGAGAUGGCAGAACUGGAAAGCAUGGUGGUGGAGGAACUGGGCAUAUCCAUGAAGGAGCUUCGCGAAUUCAUAGACCGAGAGGUGGAGAAGAACGAGUUGGUGAAACAGAAGAAAGCCCAGCUCCUGGAACUGGAGCAGCUGGUGAAGCAGAAAGAAGAGGAGGUGGCCAACGUGGACAACCUGUAUGACAAUGCCUCAAGGGCUCUUGAUGACUGUGAGACUUUGGUGAAGACCCUGUAUAAAGAGAUGGGCAUCACAUACAAAGAGAGCAGCUCCGAAGACGAAUCUAACAAGCCGGUGGAAGUCAUCGAGAUUCCUGAUGAAGAAGACGACGACGAUGUUAUGAGUGUGGGAUCUGUUGAUGGUGUUAAUAAUAAGACGCCCAAAGAGAAACGUCUUUUAAGGGGUGCAAUGGCUGCCGUGAAGAAAUGCAAGCAAGAUGUGCAGAACUUGGUGGAUGCAAUUCAGAAGAAGUCAGAUGGGCCGCAGACUCGCUUUUCCUCUCACCCGUCAUCGCCUACCAGCUCUGUGGGUGGGUCCAAUCAGGCCGGCACACCCAACGAUGUAAACAAAGAUGGCGAUCUGGUUGUGGGGAUGCGUAUACUGGGAAAGAAGAGGACUAAAACGUGGCACAAAGGCACUCUGAUCUCCAUCCAGAUGGUCGGGCCGGGAAAAAAAUACAAAGUCAAAUUCGACAAUAAGGGGAAGAGCCUGCUGUCUGGGAACCACAUAGCCUACGACUACCACCCUUCGACAGAAAAACUGUUUGUAGGGAGCAGAGUGGUGGCCAAAUACAAGGAUGGAAACCAAGUGUGGCUGUACGCCGGCAUUGUCGCCGAACCCCCCAGCAACAAGAACAAGAUGAGGUUUCUGAUUUUCUUUGAUGAUGGCUACGCUUCGUAUGUCACACAGUCGGAACUGUACCCGGUCUGCCGACCACUCGGCAAAACCUGGGAGGACAUUGAAGAUGUGUCGUGUCGAGACUUCAUCGAGGAAUACGUCACUGCCUACCCCAAUCGCCCAAUGGUCCUGCUCAAGAGCGGUCAGCUCAUCAAGACCGAGUGGGAGGGGACCUGGUGGAAAUCCAAGGUGGAGGAAGUAGACGGAAGCUUGGUGAAGAUUUUGUUUUUGGAUGAUAAGCGAUGUGAAUGGAUCUAUCGAGGAUCCACUCGACUGGAGCCCAUGUUCAGCAUGAAGACGUCCACGGCUUCUACGCAAGAGAAGAAACAAGCCGGACAGCAGAGAACGCGCCCCAACAUGGGCGCUGUGCGGAGCAGAGGGCCUGUCGUACAGUACACGCAUGACCUAACUGGCAGCGAGUCUCCGUUUAAGCCUGUGGAGCCAUCCUCUCCGCAGUCCAUCCCGUCACCGCAGCUGAUCGACACUGACUCCGACAGCCAGCAGGCACAGUCUAAGAAGCAAGUGGCCAAGAAGAGUACGUCAUUCCGUCCUGGAUCAGUGGGUUCUGGCCAGACCUCCCCAAUACCUAUGGAGCCCGCCACUGGAUUACGCCCCAUUCUUCCAAACCAACCCAACCAGCAACCCGCCCAGACCUUCCAGCCCAUCCAACCUAUCCAACCUAUCCAGCCCAUCCAACCCAUCCAGCCCAUCCAGCCCAUCCAACCCAUACAGCCCAUCCAGCCCAUCCAACCCAUCCAGCCCAUCCAAACAAUUCAGACCAUCCAAGCAAUUCACAAUUUUCCGACGAUUCAGACCAUUCAGUCGAUUCAACCCAAUCAAACCAUCCAGACCAUACAUUUGGCACAACCAAAUAGGUUUAUCACCACUAAUCCUACGUACCAGAUUAUCCAGACAAAUCAAAUGCCAACCGAGAUAAAUUACAGGGCCCCCAUGGACAAACUCUUCUACCUACCUCACACGUGUAACUACAACUGCUUGUCGCGUGUCCGUGCCAUCCUCCACCGGGGCAAGAACCCCAUGCUGAUCCCACUGCUGUACGAUUUCCGCCGUAUGACCGCCAGGAGGCGUGUCAACCGCAAGAUGGGAUUCCACGUCCUCUACAAAGCGCCCUGCGGGCUGAGCCUGCGGACCAUGUCUGAAAUAGAACGAUUCCUCUUUGAGACAAGCUGUGACAAACUGUUUUUAGAAAUGUUCUGCCUCGACCCUUAUGUGUUGGUGGACCGCAAGUUCCAGCCGCAGAAACCUUUCUAUUAUAUCCCGGACAUCACCUAUGGCAAGGAGGAUGUGCCCCUGUCCUGUGUUAAUGAGAUAGACCGGACGCCCCCUCCUCAGGUAGACUACAGCAAGGAGCGCAUUCCCGGCAGAGGAGUCUUUAUUAACACUGGCUCGGACUUCCUGGUGGGAUGUGACUGCACGGAUGGAUGUCGGAACAGAUCCAAAUGUGCUUGUCAUCAAUUGACAAUUGAUGCCACGCGCUGCACACCCGGGGCACAGGUGAACGCCACCGCAGGUUACACUCACAAGAGACUGGAUGAAUGUCUGCCUACUGGGGUAUACGAAUGCAACAAAAGAUGUAAAUGCAACCUCAACUUGUGCAGUAACCGCCUGGUACAGCAUGGCCUCCAAGUGCGUCUCCAGCUCUUCAAAACCCAGAACAAGGGCUGGGGGAUUCGCUGUCUGGACGACAUAGCAAAGGGUUCCUUCGUGUGUAUAUAUGCAGGUAAAAUCUUGACAGAUGACUUUGCCGACAAGGAAGGCCUAGAGAUGGGCGAUGAAUACUUUGCCAACUUGGACCACAUCGAAAGCGUGGAGAACUAUAAAGAAGGUUACGAAAGCGACGUCAAGUCGUCUUCAGACAGCAGCGGUGUCGACAUCAAGGAGGACCAGGGAGAACGCAGUGUCAGCGAUGACCAGGAGGACUCCAAUGACAGCUCGGACGACAACUUUGGUAAAAACGAGGACCUUGCCACCAGCUCUGUAUGGCGAAGCUAUGCCACGCGGCGGCAAACCAGGGGGCAGAAGGAAAACGGGACUUCAGAGACGGCCUCUAAGGACUCUGCUUUAGCCAGACAAACCAGCCAAGAGGAGACCACGGACUGCAAGCUGCCGGAGGAGACCUCCAAAAAUAAGGUGGCGUCUUGGCUGAGCUCUAACACUAUGGCAGAGACAUAUAUGGACUGUGAUAGUAGGUCGUCCAUCAAAUUGGGAGAUGCACCCGAUGCGGAGAAACUGCCAAAGAAGGAAGAGCAUGGGAAGGACACGGAUGAAGCUGGCAAGUCUUCUGGGCAUGGAGAAAAUAACAGAGUAUACGGUUACAACCCGACCCCAGCGCAACCUCAGGGUAUCAAGAGACCAGUCAGCAAAACCUCUAUGCACCAGAACAGGCGCCAGUCCAACACUCAGACCAAUGAUGAGGUCCUGACAUUAUCCAGCAGCUCAGAGAGUGGAGAUGGAAGUAAGAAACCCACCGCCCAGACAAACGCUAAUGACAGUGAUGACAUUCAGACCAUCUCAUCUGGCUCCGAUGUAGAUGAGGACAAGAAGCACAUCCCCUUCACCAGAGGAGGACCUGUGGUGAAGAGACAAGUGGCGGUAAAAUCCACCCGAGGGUUUGCCUUGAAAUCCACGUACGGUAUCACAGUGAAGCCCAACAUGCCGUCAGCUGACCGGGGGGACGGAGGGCUCGGGCGUAGGGCGACCCGACAGUUUUACGAUGGAGAGGAAUCCUGUUACAUUAUUGAUGCCAAAUUGGAAGGAAACUUGGGUCGAUAUUUAAAUCACAGCUGCAGUCCUAACCUGUUUGUCCAGAACGUGUUUGUGGAUACCCACGACCUGCGCUUCCCCUGGGUGGCUUUCUUCGCCAGCAAGAGGAUCCGAGCUGGCACGGAGCUGACCUGGGAUUACAACUACGAGGUUGGCAGCGUGGAGGGCAAGAAGCUUCUGUGUUGCUGCGGAUCCACGGAAUGCAGGGGGCGUCUGCUGUAAAUCCAUAUCACCAAGUAUCCACUCCUGGUGCUAAAAACAGAUCUUCUCUGUCAACUCUACAUCAUAGCAGGUUUUCACACAAGUCCCCCCCACCCCUGUCCCCAGAACUGCACCCCU